AGGUUCGGAAUGUUCAAUUACCGCCGUGCCCGACCCGUUGACAAAUAUAUGUGAGAGCAACGAGCAAGGCAGAAACUGCUUUUCAUAUUUGAGCAGCAAACGCCUCCCUCCCUUGUCUCAUCGCCUGAAGAAAGAGAGUCCUCAACCUCCAAACCAUGAUGUUUCAGAUUUUUCUCAACGCCUCUGAUGGCAGCAUCUCUGUUAAUGAUCAGAAUCUUGUGCUUCUCUCUUACGCCCUUGGCGGGCUUGCCUUAUUAUGGUUUAUCUUGAUGUUUAUCUGGAAACCAAAUAAGGGACAACCACCAUUGCCACCAGGUCCUAAAACUUUGCCCCUCGUGGGGAACCUCCUGUCUCUUGAUCCUGAGCUUCAUACAUACUUCACAGACCUGUCUAAGACUUAUGGCCCAAUCUUGACACUCUGGCUCGGUAAAAAGGUUGGAAUUGUGAUCAGUUCCCCAGCCUUGGUGCGGGAGGUGCUCAAGGAUCAAGAUACAACGUUUGCCAAUCGUGACGUUCCUGCAGCUGCCAGGGAAGCUGCCUAUGGUGGCUCAGACAUAGCGUGGACUCCAUACGGCCCCGAAUGGCGGAUGCUGAGGAAGGUUUGUGUGAGGGAAAUGCUGAGUAACGCCACUUUGGAUUCUGUUUAUGACCUCAGGCGCAGGGAGCUUCGACAGACGAUUAAAUUCUUGUAUAGACAGGCGGGGAAGCCGGUUAAUGUUGGUGAGCAGAUGUUUUUGACUGUUCUUAAUGUGAUAACUAACAUGUUAUGGGGUGGUACAGUCAAGGGAGACGAGAGGGCUAGCCUUGGAGCAGAAUUCAGGCAAGUUGUCAAUGAGAUGACUGGCUGCUUAGGUGCGAUGAAUAUAUCAGAUUUUUACCCUGCUUUGGCAAGAUAUGACCUACAAGGCGUCCAGAAGAAGACCAGAAUUUUAGCAGGAAGAUUUGAUAAAAUCUUUGAGAGGAUGAUAGAUCAAAGGGUGAAUGCAGUUGGUGAUGAUGGUAAAGAGAGCAAGGAUUUUCUACAGUUUCUUAUGCAACUGAAAGAUGAAGGAGAUGCCAAGACACCUCUUACCAUGAGUCAUGUGAAGGCCCUGCUCAUGGAUAUGGUUGUGGGUGGAACUGACACAACUUCUAACACGGCUGAAUUCGCAUUGGCUGAGAUGCUGAGGAAACCAGAAAUUUUGAAAAAUGUUCAGCAAGAACUGGAGACGGUUGUGGGCAAAGAUAAGAUAGUAGAAGAGUCUGACAUUCAGAAACUGCCAUACUUGUAUGCAGUGAUGAAAGAAGUUUUGAGGUUGCAUCCAGUUCUACCACUCCUGAUCCCUCAUUGCCCAAGUGAGACCUGCAUUGUUGGAGGAUAUACAGUUCCAAAAGGUUCUCGUGUUUUUAUCAACGUUUGGGCGGUUCACAGGGAUCCUUCCAUUUGGGAGAACCCUUCGGAGUUUCGCCCUGAAAGAUUCCUGGAUGGUAAAUGGGAUUACAGUGGAAAUGACUUCAAUUAUUUCCCAUUUGGCUCGGGGCGGAGAAUUUGUGCAGGUACUGCAAUGGCUGAGAGGAUGUUCAUGUUUUCACUUGCUUCGCUGGUUCAUUCCUUUGAUUGGAAGGUGCCUGAAGGAGAACAUUUAAACCUGGAAGAGAAGUUUGGAAUUGUGUUGAAGAAGCGAAUGCCUUUGGUCGCAAUACCAACUCCACGAUUAUCUGAUGCAUUUCUAUACGAGUAACAAGAAAACUGCUGCCUCUGUGUAUCAUUUCACUCUACUGGUUAGUUAAGCCUGGUAUUGAAAUCAGCGAAAAUCUACCACAAGAUUGCUAUUUUGCUUGACG